AUGCCUCCGACCACGCUCGCGCGCCUCUGCGCCGUCGUCUUGGCGCUUCUCAGCGUGCUGAUGACGGCGCGCGCGCAACCCCUGGCGGGGCCGCGGUGCGUGAACCGGUUUCCGCAGAAGCCGUUGUGCAAGUUCGUCGACGACCUCGCCGCGUCGCCGCUCACCUUCCUCGACGCGUCUCGCUGCCACAAUGAUAAUUCUCUACUCGCGAAAACCCCCGCUCACUCGGUCCACCUCCCCGCUUCCUCUUCCCUCCUUUCCUUCUUCCGCCCCCUCCCCCCCUUUACCCCCCUCUCUCCCCCUCUCUCCCUCCCCCCCCCACCCACCCGUCCCCCCGGUCUGCCCAACUUUCAGAAGUUCCAUCGCGACCUGCCCGACACCAAGGUGUAUGCGUACGGCGUCUCCCGCAGCUCGGCGCGCUACCCGGGUCCCGUGCUCGUCGCGAAACGCGGCACCACCACCAAGGUGAGCGCGACAGCACCUGCAAGGAGAGAGCAGCGUGGCCUGCACGGUGAGCGCGGCACCUUCGUCUGCUCCGCACCUUUGGAGGAGGAAGCAGCUUUCUUUGAGAGCUUUCAAAGCAUCCCUUGUGCUUUCGUCUGGCCGUUUCUCAGUGUUCGGCGAGCGAUGCACCGGAUUCGCAUGGUGAAUGCAGCCAACGCGCGCACGUAUAACCUCACCUUCCAGUGCGCUGGCCGUGGUGACCACAACUUCAAUCCCCCUCUUGCUGGACCCGUGCUGCCCUUCUACCUGAUCGGCUCUCACGGAGGCUACCUCACCCGCCCCCUGCGCCGCUCGUUCCUGCUCAUCGUCCCAGGCACACGUCAUGACCUCUUUCUCGACUUCAACGCUGCACCGCCUGUGGCCUAUCCCAAAACCUCUAUCGGUUCCGAUGGUGGUUACCUCGCCCGCCCUCUGCGCCGCUCCUCCCUGCUUGUCGUCCCGGGCACGCGCCACGACCUGCUUCUCGACUUCAACGCUGCACCCGGAUGGUGCCGCAGUGUCAUUGUUGUCAACAGCGCCUCCAUCCCCUUCCCCGUGGGAGGGCCUGCUGACUGGUUCACGGGCGUGGUCAUGCGAUUCAUCAUCAACCAGCGCUCGCCCGUGAAGCCCCCUGCCCUGCCCAAGAGCCUUUCACCUGCUGACUGGUUCGCGGGUGUGGUCAUGCGAAUCAUUUUCGACCAGCGCUCGCGUGUGAACCCCCCGGCUCUCAACAAGCCAACAGCUCUGCUCAGGAGUCUUUUGGCUCUACCCAACAAGCUUCCGCACGUCCCCCCGGUGGACCUCUCGCAGUCGGUGAAGCAGCGCUGGCUGACCAUAGUGUUUGUGAUCGACAAGGCAUCACAGAAGCCAAGCGGCAUGCUGCUGGAUGGCAAGACCUACAUGGAUCCUGCCACUGAGAAGCCCAAAGUGGGCACUUCGGAGCUUUGGCACAUCAUCAACCCGACAUUUGAGACGCACCCCAUCCACCUGCACCUCAUUCAGCACCGCCCCAUCUCCCGCCGUCCAAUCAACUCUGGCGGGCUAAUCAACGGCACUUGUUCGCUCGCACCAUCCUCUCCAUUCAAGCCCAGCUGCUUCACGGGGCCGGCCCGGCCUGUGCCGCAGCAUGAGAGGGGGUGGAAGGACACCACUGUUGCAUGGCCGGAUAGCGUUCUCACCAUCUUUGUGCCGUUCAAGGGGCAGGAUGGCAAGCCGUUCCCGUUUGACGCAACCAAGGGCCCAGGCUAUGUGUGGCACUGCCACGCGAUGGAGCACGAGGACAACGACAUGAUGAGGCCGCUCAUCAUGACAUCUUAG